AUGUCACUCCCCAAAACAUACAAGGCAAUGGUCACCCUCGAGGCCAACGCCCCCUUCACCCAGAAAGAGCUUCCGCUCCAGCUACCCGGCCCCAACCAGGUCCUCGUCAAGGUCCUCGCCUGCGGCGUCUGCUCCUCCGACGUCUCCAUCAUCGCGGGCCACGUCGGCCCCGUGUUCCCCCGCGUCACGGGCCACGAGCUCGUCGGCGACGUCGUUGCCGUGGGCGAAAACGUGACGCGCCUCACAGUCGGCCAAAGAGUCGGCGGCCCGUGGCACGGCGGACAUGACGGAACGUGUCGGCAGUGCCAGCGCUCGCAGUUUCAGUACUGCGCGAACCAGGCCGUCAACGGGGUCAGCUUUGACGGGGGAUAUGCGGAAUACGUCUUGCUCCGAGCCGAAGCCGUUGUUCGUGUGCCCAAAGAGGUCGACGCAGCGGAGAUUGCCCCCUUCUUGUGCGCGGGCGUGACCGUCUUCAACGGAAUCCGCAAGCUGCACGUCGAGCAGGGCGGCGUCGUCGUCGUCAACGGACUCGGCGGACUGGGCCAUCUGGCCGUCCAGUACGCCAACAAGAUGGGCUACGAAGUCGUUGCCCUGUCGUCCGGCGACGACAAGGCCGGCUUCGCAAAGGAUCUCGGCGCGCACCACUACAUCAACACCAAGGCGUCCGACGCAGUGGCCGAGAUCCUCAAGCUUGGCGGUGCCGACAUUGUCGUGCAAACGGCCCCAGAUGCUGAGAUGAUCAGCACCCUCGUCAAGGCGCUGGCGCCAGGAGGAAAGAUGCUCAACCUGUGUCUGAUUGGGCCGGUUCCCAUUGACACGACAGCGCUGGUGAUGAAGGGAGCCAGUGUUCACGGGUGGGCGAGCGGACACGCGAUUGACAGCGAGGAGGCGAUUCAGUUUGCCGUCAGGCACGGGAUCCGGUGCAUGAUCCAGCGGUAUCCGUUGGCCGAGGCGCAGAAGGCGGUGGACGACUUGGUUGCGGGAAAGCCGCGGUUCAGGAACGUGCUGGUGAUGGAUCAGUGA